AUGGGACCGCGUGCGAAGCGCAAAACUGCGCGCAAGUCGGCGGUAUCUCAGACAAAUUCAGAUUAUGAAAUGGCCGAGUCCUCGCCUUCUCGCCCAACAAAUAAAAGGCGAAAACUGAACGGCAGAGCUCCUGACGGCCGGCGAAAACCCCCUUCCUCUGAACUAGAUCAACCCGAUGGUGAUGAAACAAACGACGAAAGUGAGAUUCUCUCUCAAACAGAGCUCAUCGAUUCUGUUGUCGCAUAUCUGUCCGUGUCUAAAGACCCGGUUGUUGUUGCCCAGUUGUAUGCCAAUGACAUACAGCAAGGCGAUAGCCAGAAGGUCAACGCCUUUGCCAAAAUCGCCGGAAGAGACUGGACAUACUUCGUUCGUGACCAAGCCGUUAAUAUCGGCCGUCCUCCCGAUGAUCGUCAAUCGGUCAAUGGGGUCGGCGCUUCAAGCCCAAUCCAAGAUAUGAAGGACAUGCUUCCCGUCCACAUCGACCUUGGUCCUAGUAAAAUCGUGUCAAGACACCACGCAUCCAUCUUCUACGAUGCAGAGUUUCCCGAAGGUGGCGGCUGGCAUGUACGUGUCAACGGUCGAAAUGGCGUUCGGGUCAACAACGUUCUACUGAAGCGUGGCUCACGACAGCAGAUCACAUCUGGAACAGUUCUCGAAAUUUCUGGGACGCAGGCGAUAUUUAUAACUCCAGGCGAUCCUGUUCAGAUCCAUCAACAUUUCAUUGACUACGCAAAGAAGAUGUCGACAGGCGAAGCUGGUGUGUCUCUCGAGGCAAACUCCGACCAACCCGACAUACCUGUUGCUGCUCUCGGCUACCACUCUCUAGCACCGGCACCACCUGUCUUCAAGCAAGAGCGUGCAUCUACACCGCCUGCUCAGCAGAUGGACAUGAGAGGACAGAGAGCCGUCUUCGACAGUAAAGCCACCACGUCGCCUAUGUACGGUCGUGGCAUGAUGAUGGAAAGUACUCAAGAAAUUGACUACAGCAAAGACUCCGCCAAAGACCUCAAGCCACCCUUCAGCUACGCAACCCUAAUCGCUCAGGCAAUAUUUUCCAGCGAAGAAGAAAAGAUGACUCUUGCCAACAUUUACUCUUUUAUUGCCGACAAAUAUGCUUUUUACCGUCAUUCCAACAGCGGCUGGCAGAACUCCAUCCGACACAAUUUAUCUCUUAACAAAGCCUUCCAAAAAGUGCCCCGACGGACUGACGAACCUGGCAAGGGCAUGAAGUGGAUGAUUGCACCCGAGAACCGACAAGAAUACUGGAAGAAGCAAGCAAAACGCAACGGUGGCUCAGCACCAUCAUCGCCUGCUUCAAACAAAGACGUGAACCCAAACUUUCGUGGCCCCAACGGGCAGAAUCUGGGAUACGACACAACUAUGGUGACCUCUUUCUCUGCGAAGGAUAGUCUUGGUCCACCACCCACUGGCGGCAACAAGCUGAACUUCCAGCCUUCAUCCGCCGGUCAUGUCGCACCCCAUUUCGCGCCCGUCCCUAACUUGGCUCCACCCAUGCAAGCUCGGCAGGACGCAACAACACCUCAACGCCGUAGGACCAACACCGGCGCCACCCUGCCUGAGUCAACCCUUGAUGAUUCACCUCUUCCGAACCAUACUCGCUCUACGCCUCACCCCAAUGGACCUCCCAUCUACACUCUUCCUUCCUCUGUUCCACCACCACAUCGGUCGCCUACCAACCCAACCUUAUCUUCAUCAUAUCUCGACACUCCCUUCCACCACUCACAGCAUUCCAUAAUCACUCCUGCGCCUAUGCGCCAAAACCCCCGUCUCGCACCUCCUUCCACUUUGGUGGCCCCUUCGAAGUUCAUGCCUGAAUCCUCCCCUGCCGGGCCUGGCCUCUUUUGGAAAGGCAUUAUGGGUGUCACUCCGGGUCAGGCCGUGCCGGACUUGAGCCCAGUCAAAGUUGAAGACGUGGACCGUGGCGUUAAUGGUCGCGCUCUUUCGAGCGAGGCCGACCGCCGUGUCAUGAGCAGUAGCCCACCGCCAAUUGAUGCUAUGGGUAGCCCUAGCAAGCCCGCCAGAGGCAGUCAAUUCACCAGUUCCAGCGCGAGAAAGGAGCGUGAUCCCGAAGAUCGAAGUCGGAGCGCCAGUGCUACCGUCAGUGCGCCACUGGGGCGUGGCGGCAGCGUUGGGACACCGGUGCCAGGCGUGCAGGUGGGCUUCCAUGCGAAUGCGAACGCGCAGGUAAACAAGACUGGCUCUACACCGGACAACGAUGAAGACGACGAGGACGAUGCAGACGGUGGAUUUGAUCUUGCUAAGGGCUUUGCGCCUAUAGCAAGAGGAAUGAGUCAAGGGCUGGGAAGGAGGGUUGGUGUUUGA